AUGGGUACGGUGUUGUCUCUGUCUCCCAGCUACCGCAAGGCAGGGCUGUUUGAGGAUGGCCCUGCCACGGUAGGCCACUAUACGGCAGUCCAGAACAGCAAGAAUGCCAAGGAUGCCACCGCGGCAGCUGGAAAAUCCCUCAAACGCCCCUCCAUCAUCAGUGUGUUGCCAUGGAAACGCAUUGUGGCUGUAUCGGCGAAGAGGAAGGGCUCCAAGAAGUUGCAGGCAGACGCCGGGGAUGGCGGCAAAGGCAGCUCUCCGGAUGGCCACGCCUUGGCCAUGGCCAACUCGGCCUCCAGCAGCCUGAAGCUGAAGAAGUCUCAGUCCUGUGCUAACCUUUCAGCUUACUCCUCGAGCCAAGACCCCACGACCACCACUACCUCCUCCCACCUGCCAAUCUCCAAGACCUUGGCUAACGUAGCUGCUGUUGCUGCCAAAAAGAAUUCCCUCACAAGUUCUGGGAUCAAGCCGACGACUGCGACCGGCACACCAAAACGUGUCAUAGUCCAGGCUUCCACCAGCGAACUGAUGCGCAGCCUGGGUGAGUUCCUGUGCCGCCGGUGCUACCGACUGAAGCGUUUAUCCCCAACCGAUCCGGUGCUGUGGCUGCGUAGCGUCGACCGCUCCCUCCUCCUUCAGGGCUGGCAGGAUCAGGGCUUCAUCACUCCGGCCAAUGUGGUCUUCCUCUACAUGCUGUGCCGCGAUGUGGUUUCAUCCGAGGUGGCUUCCGAGCGUGAGCUGCAGGCCUCACUUCUCACCUGCCUCUACCUGUCCUACUCCUACAUGGGCAACGAGAUCUCCUACCCGCUGAAGCCCUUCCUGGUCGAGGCGGAGAAGGAAGCCUUCUGGGACCGCUGCCUUGAGAUCAUCAACCGCAUGAGCGGCAAGAUGCUCCAGAUCAACACCGACCCGCACUUCUUCACCCAGGUGUUUGCCGACCUGAAGAACGAGAGCAAGAAAGAGGAGGAGAAGACCAAACUCUUCAUAGGCCUUGACCGAUAA